UUUUGCUCGUUUAGGAGCUCUUAGGCAGGGUGGUUGAGUGUCCUACAGGAACUGAGAUUUGGCUGUUGUAAUAGUGGUAUACAUGUUUGAUUAUUUGCCAGUGAGUUGCGACAUUCUGUAGUUUUAACAUUCUCUGUGAAUUUUACUGGUGAUCACUUAAGGAUUCCGUUGAAAAGGAAGCAUGGAAGACAAUAACCACCCUGAGGAAGCAAUGUUUGGGGACAUCACAGAGGCACAGCAUGAGAUGCUUCUUCAGUUUCAGGACCUGACUGGGGCAGAUCGGAUUGAAUGGUGCCGCGGCCUGCUGGAGGAGCACGACUGGAACCUGGACGCGGCGGCGCGCAGCGCGCUCAACAUGCCCAGCGCCGAGACGGACCGGCCGGCCCGGCCACGACGGCCGACCGACGCGGUGGUGCCGGCCGGCGAGGGCGGUCUGUUCAGCUGGCUCUUCAGCCUGGCGACGCUGCCGCUGCGCUACAUCAUGUCGACUCUCAGCGGCAUCAUCAACAUCUGCCUGAGCAUCAUCCGGGGCGGCGGGCCACACGACCCUGUGGAGGACGUCAGCGGCUUCAUCACCGAGUUCGAGUCGGCGUACGGCUCGGAGCACCCGGCCUUCCUGCGCUGCUCGUACAGCCAGGCGCUGGCUGCCGCCAAGCAGCAGCUGCGUCCGCUGGCCGUGUACCUGCACUGCGCCGACCACCAGGACACGGCGGCGUUUUGCCGCGAGACGCUGCGCCACCGGCCGCUGGCGCAGUACGCCGACGGCGCGCUGCUCUGCUGGGCCUGCUCCGUCGACAGGCCCGAGGGCUACCGCGUGUCGCAGGCGCUCCGGGAGAACGGCUAUCCGUUCGUGGCCGUGAUCGUGCUCAAGGAGAACAAGAUGACGGUGGUGGGCCGACUGGAGGGUCCCUGCCCGCCGGAGGUCUUCCUCCAGAGGCUGCAGCGGAUCGUCAGCGACAACGAGGCGUCGCUGGUGGCGGCGCGGCUGGAGCGCAACGAGCGCAACCUCAACCAGGAGAUCAGGCAGCAGCAGGACGUGGCGUACGAGGAGUCGCUGCGGGCUGACCAGGAGAAAGAGCGCCGACGCCAGCUGGAGCGGGACCGCCUGGAGCGCGAGGAGCGGGAGAGGUGCGAGCAGGAGCGACAGCGGCAGCUGCACAAGGAGGAGAUAGCGCGUCAGAAGAUCGAGCUGGCCUCGGAGAUCCCGGACGAGCCGGCUCUGGACCGGCCCGACUGCGUGCGCAUCUCCAUCAAGCUGCCGGACGGCUCGCGAAUAGAGCGGCGCUUCAGCACGGCCCACUCGCUGAAGGUGCUCUACUACGUGGUGUUCUGCCACCCGGACUCGCCGGAGCGGUUCGAGAUCACGCAGAACUACCCGCGCCGCGUGCUGCCCUGCCGGCCGGGCGCCGAGCUGGACCCACCGACGCUGGCCGAGGCCGGCCUCGGCAAGUCGGAGCUGCUCUACGUCCGGGACCUGGACGCCUGAGGCGCGGGCGGCGGCGAGGCGGCGCACAGAAGUGCUGAGAGGCGGGGCGGGGGAGCGCUGCGAGGCAGGGCGUGGAGGUGCUACGAGGCGGGACAGGGGAGUGCUGCGAGGCGAGACGGGGCAGGGGAGCGCUGCGAGGCGCGGCAAGAGAGUGCUGCAAGGCGAGCCAUGGAAGUGGCGUGGGGCACCCACCGGAGGUUGUCGAGAGUCAAGCCCGGGGAAAGGUGCUGCGAGACGAGGCAGGGGAGCGCUGCGAGACAGAGGCAUCAAGUGCCUCGAAUAUACGACAGGAGUGUUGAGAGGCAGGGCCAGUGAAAGGGACGCGGGAAUCCUGCGAGGCGGGACAGCGGAGCGCCGCGAGGCGGGGCUUCAUAGUCUUACCCGCCGGGAGCGGGUGGCUCCCGUGUCUGCGUUUGCAGGAGGGCUGAGGCAGUAACGAAGGCCGGGGAGAAGUGAGGUCGGUCGGGAAGAGGGGGCGCAGAGGUCGACGUGGACCUCCCGUGAGCGUAAUCACACCGAACAACACGACAGCGUCGAGAACGAACUCGAAAAACGCACUGCGGUGCAGGUUCGACUGGCGAAAACGGAGCCAGACAGACGAAAACCGAGCGGCCGUCAGCACCACCGCGACCUGCUUAUUUCAUGUGCCAUCGCCGCGUCAGAAGCAAGGCCAGGACCGAAGGGCUCCGGCGUGACGAGCGAAGACGUGCCGUGACGUGACGUGACGGCAGUGACGGGCGUGACGCUGGCGAGUGCGACCGGCGGCCGCCGCGGUCGCGGCGCGCCCGGCGACUGACCCCGAGGCUAUGCUGGCCGGGUCGGGGCUGCU